AUGUUAAAGCUUUCUCAGUUUGAGAAUAAUGGAGGAGUUUUAAGUUUGGGAGGACAAGAACAGUCAAGAUUCGAUUCAAAUUUAAUGCAGGAUAGUAAGAAGAAUUCCUCUAGGGUAAUAGUGAACUCUGGUUCUGCUGUAGGGAUUAAAUAUAAGGAUGGAAUUAUGCUCAUUUCAAGUCCUUUGAUAUGUUAUGGAACAAUGAAAAUGAAUUCAAAUAUUUCAAGAUUCCACGUAAUUGGAUCAGGAAUGAUUGAUUUAUAUGAUGAAAGACAAAAAUUGAAAAGCAAAGAUGAAGAUAUGAGUUCCGUUAAUAUUGACAAGAGGCCAUUGAUUAAAAAAUUGACAGAAGUAGAUGAGGAUGCAAAGGUGAGGUUUUAUGAAGGAAAACUUUCAAUAUUAGUAUCAACUGGGGAGUUUAGUGAUUUCCAGAAUAUUAUUGAAAGAGUUGAGGAAAAAGCAGCUGAGGACUUUUUUGAAGGUAACUUUAAAUCUGCUAAAGAAUAUAGUGGGUAUAUUUCAAGUAUCCAUUAUCAAAGAAGAAAUAAGAUGGAUCCAUUAUUGAAUGAUAUAAUAGUUGCAGGACUUAGGAAGGAUGGUAGUAAAGAGAUAUAUUCUGUUGAUCCAUUGGGUACUAGGUUUGAUGAAGAUUUUAUUGCUAGUGGAAUGGCUGAGUAUCUUGCAAUUACCCUUCUAAGAGAUAAAUAUAAGGCAGAUAUGAGCUUUGAUGAAGCUAAAUUGAUCUUGGAAGAUUGUAUGAGAAAUUCAUUUUAUAUUGAAUGCAAAGGAGCUAGAAUGGUUCAGAUUGCUACAAUUAACCAAGAUGGUACCCGAAUUUAUCCAAAGUAUCCUUUGGAUGUUACUUGGAAGCACGAUCUUUUUAUCAAAUCUAACUUGGAUAGGAAAGACUACAUUGGUUUUUAA